CGAAAAUGAACCCCGACACAUCACCUGAAGAGCCCGCACCUGAAGGCAAUCAAAUAAGGGGACCGAUCGAGAGCCUAGGACAGAUCUCGAAACUCCCACGACGGCUAACUAGACCUUACCAAAUUAGACCAACAACCUUCUUGAAAAACCACAAUUGAUGCAGCGACCGAAGACCCACAGCCAUCCCCUCCCUCCACACCAACCAGCGACACCCACCAGCACGACCGCAGUCGCAACCCAACACCGCCGUCGAAACACCUUAUCCCCCAACACCAGAAGCAAGGACAAGACACGAGGGAGGAGAGACCGCCGGUCUCUGCUCUGGCCAACACCAGACGACAGUCGGAGCCGGCGAUGCUGCCUACUCUCAGGCGGAAGCUCCCUCCGCCAGCCUGCCAUGGCCGCUCGUAACCAACAGAAGCCCACACAAGUGUAAGGAGACCAACCCCUGACUGGAGCAACGCUGCUGAGCCAGAUGACGUCGACCCCAAAGAGCUUUGGAGCCUGCUGGGGGAGGCGCGCAGAAAGAAGAAGGGCGAGAACGCGCACGAAAGUGGAGAUUUGGGAUUUUGAGUUUUUAGAGAGAGAUGUUUUUUUUUACAUUGGUGAGUUCAAUAAUAAUAUUUGUAACUUGUAACCGUGUGAAUUUAGGUGGUAGAUUUGAAGACAGACCCAUUAAAUCUCGAGCCCAAUGCAACCCUCCUAUAAUUCCUCCCAGUUAUCAUUUCAAGAAAAAAAAAUAAACAUUUUUAAAAAUAAAAAAAAUCUCUCGAUGCCCAAGAAACAGACAAUCCCCACGCUGCCCAAGCCUUCUUUUCCGGCCCAAUAAAUAAAUACUUCUCUUUCUUCUAUUCUACUUUAUAUAGCACUUAAACUCACUACAUAUCUCAUCUCACGCCCCCAAAACCACUCCAAUUCACCUCCACCACCACCGCGCCAUCGAACCAUCGCCGGCCCCGUCGAAUCCACACUCUCCCGGCAAAAAUGGAGCCGUGGCUGGACGAAAUCGCCGACGACCUCCAGAGCAUGAGCUUCAACUCCACCACCACCACCACCGCAACCGAUAUCCACCGCUCCACCAGCUCCGGCUCCGACUGGACCGCUUCCUCCGCCCACUUCCCCCCCUCCGCCGCCCCCUCCUCCGGCGACCCCUGUCGGGACUCCGUUCGCCGCUUCCCUUCCCUCACCCUCUCCGACCUCCGCUUCCUCCACCGCCUCGGCGCUGGCGACAUCGGCUCCGUCUACCUCGCGGAGCUCAAGCCUCCCCAGCCUCCGGCCGAGCCCCCGAAGCCGCCGCCGCCGCCGCAGUCCCCUCCGUCAGCGCUCUUCGCCGCGAAGGUGAUGGACCGAAAGGAGCUCGCCGGCCGGAACAAGGAGGGCCGGGCGAGGACGGAGAAGGAGAUCCUUGAAAUGCUGGAUCACCCAUUUCUGCCGACGCUCUACGCCGCCGUUGACUCGCCCAAGUGGUCGUGCCUCCUCACGGAGUUCUGCCCCGGCGGAGAUCUCCACGUCCUCCGCCAGCGUCAGCCCUGCAAACGCUUCCCGGACUCCGCCGUCAGAUUCUACGCGUCGGAAGUGGUAGUAGCCCUAGAGUACCUCCACAUGCUAGGCGUCGUGUACCGCGACCUCAAGCCCGAAAACGUGCUCGUCCGCUCGGACGGCCACAUAAUGCUCACCGACUUCGAUCUCUCCCUUAGGUGCGACGACUCGACCUCAACUCCGGCCCAACUCAUCCCCACUCAGGGCCCGCCCAACGGGCCUCCAAUCAACCGGCCCAGGCCAGAUGGGCCCGCUUUCAGCCAGGCCUCGUGCAUCCUCCCUAACUGCAUCGUCCCCGCAAUGUCGUGCUUCCACCCUAAACGGGCCCGGAGGAAGAAAACGAGCCGGAGGCACGCGGGACCCGAGUUCGUGGCCGAGCCCGUUGAUGUUCGGUCCAUGUCGUUUGUCGGGACCCACGAGUACUUGGCGCCGGAGAUUGUCUCGGGAGAGGGCCAUGGGAGCGCGGUCGAUUGGUGGACGUUGGGAGUGUUCAUAUUCGAGCUCUUCUAUGGGGUGACCCCAUUUCGCGGGCCCGACCACGAGGUGACCCUGGCGAACAUCGUGGCACGGGCCCUGGAGUUUCCGAAGGAGCCCGUGAUUCCGGGCCCGGCGAAGGAUUUGAUAGCGCAGCUGCUGAUAAAGGACCCCGGGAGGAGGCUGGGGUCAACGAUGGGGGCAUCGGCGGUGAAGCACCACCCAUUCUUUCAAGGGGUGAAUUGGGCGCUGUUGAGGUGCGCGUCCCCACCGUACGUGCCUGCGCCCUUCGAUAGGGAUGUUUUGUCUGAGGAGAGCUGUCCGGAUACGCCUGUGGAAUAUUAUUAG